AUGCGUUGCGCACGUGGAUAUUUCUGCUCGCCGGGUAACAUCUGUUGUCCAUCAAAUGAUUUUGGGACAAUGAUAGGUAGCACUGCUAAUCCGAUGAAAAAUCCAUUUCUUUGUACUGAUGGAACCCAAGCAGCUGGGGCUUGCAUUCUUGGCCAGUGUGGCUCAUCAUUUACAUGCAUGAACGGUUUAUGCUGCAAUGUAACAAAUAACACACCUCGUUGCCUUGAUGGUUCGCCAUCUGUUGGUGCAUGCAUUUCCGGACACUGUGGUGCAGGUUUCGUGUGCACCACAGGGAAUUUAUGCUGUUUAACAAAUACCAUCGCUAAUAUCAUCCCUGGGACAUGUCCAAACAAUGCUGCAUCGAUUGGUACUUGCAUUAAUGGCCUAUGUCCAACUGGUUACACAUGUAUAAAUGGUCAAUGUUGUCCACAAACCGACAAAACUUUCCGUUGCUCUAAUCUUAAUUAUGCUCUUGGACCAUGCGUUGCUGGCCAAUGUCCAGAUGGUGGUUUUCAAUGCGAUAUGACAAUAAAUUCUUGCUGUCCGGUAACGGAUCCUGUUGGCCCAUGCAUUGAGCCAGGUGACCAAUGUCCAGCAGGUAAUAGAUGUUUCAAAGAAGGUUCAACUCCGCUGUGCUACAAAGAAUGUGAUGGUCGUGGGACAGUAUUUGGUCCUCCGGUAGACGGAGUAUGCCCAACCGGAACUACUUUGAUUUUUGGUUCUUGUUGUACCUUAAGAGCGCGAUUGCAUAAUCCAAUACAAUCAUCGUUUUUUUCUGAACGAUACUCUGAUUUCUAUUCAUGGCCUACUACUUCCGGAAUGAAAUUAUGUCCGGAUAAUACCGGACCUAUAAGUGCUUGUAUAAAUGGUCAAUGUGGAUACGAUUAUCAAUGCUACAACAAUGUUUGUUGUCUUCCGCAGCACAACAAUGUGAUAUUUCCACUUUCAUUAACAGCAUUGAGGCCAAUAGGUGCUUCAUGUGAAUUUACGCAGCAAUGUGUUAAUUCUAUGGAAGGUUUAUCAAUUUGUGAAUUAGGUAUAUGCAGGUGUUUACCAGGUGCUCAAGUGAAUGGAUUUUAUUGUGUUAAACGUUUCAGUAUACCACUAAACGAUGCAGGGCAAUCGUCUAAGAAUGGUACUUCAGUAGAUGAAUCUGAUGCAGUAGGGACUGGGAGUUAA